AUGGCUGCUGCUCGUCAACUCUCGACGUUGACCGCCAGGACCAUCAUUCGAGCCCAACUCACUCCAUCUGCUGCAUCUCUAUCGCUGCGUUACGGCCUCGCGUCAGUGCAGCAUAGCAGGCUCGCACGUCUGGAAUCGGCCUCAAGCAUCGCAAAUGCCAUCCGCAGUCUUUCUCACUCAACCGAGUCGGCGGAACCCGCUGCCGCCGCCGCCGCCGCCGCCGCAGCAGUAACCGCUGAUGUGCCCGAGUAUGAGGCUGACAUUAUCACCACAAGCAAGAACGAGCGUGACUUCAGCUCGUCGCGGGUCAAGGAUGAGACCUUCGCAUCAUUGAAGGGCGCCAUUAACCCAGCACUACUCAAAGCUUUGACCGUCAAGCCUUUCGCCUACACCAACAUGUCAGCCGUCCAGCAGAGUGUACUCCACCUUCUGCCCGAAGUUGCCAGUGGAGUUGGGGAGCACGCCGCCCCCAUGCCUGACGGACAGGGCAGAGACAUGCUUGUCAAGGCCAAGACAGGAACCGGCAAGACCAUUGCUUUCCUUGUGCCCGCCCUCGAAGCCCGUCUUCGAUCCAUCGAGGACGUACGUAACGGCAAGUUCCCAAAGCCUUGGCUUGACAUGCUUCAAAGACACAGGCCUGGCUUGGAUGUCGCAUCCCUCAAGAAGAAUGAGCUGGAGGACAUUGUCAAGCAGUUUGUCAACAACACAGUCGGCAUCCUCAUCCUCUCACCCACACGAGAGCUUGCUACUCAGAUCGCUGAGGAGGCCAAAAAGCUGCUGACCCACCUUCCGGAUUUCAAGGUCCAGCUCCUCGUCGGAGGUGCAAGCCGAAACUUCCAGAUCAACGACUGGAGGCGAUCAAGGCCCGAUGUCGUCGUUGCCACCCCUGGACGAAUCAUCGACCUGCUCAACGACGUCGGAAUGAUGCGCGAGGCCAUGACUGCAUGCCGCACUCUCAUCCUCGACGAGGCCGAUACCUUGCUCGAGAUGGGUUUCCGUGACGAACUACAAGCCGUCAUGAGUCACCUGCCCGCCAAGGUUGAUCGUCAGAACAUGCUAUUCAGUGCCACUGUCAGCCCUGAGAUUCGUGCCAUCGCCCGCGCCAGCUUGCAGAAGGACCACCGCUUCAUCGACUGUGUUCCUGCAGGCGAGGAGAACGUCCACAAGCACAUUCCACAGUACGCCACCGUUCUUGAGUCGGCUGAAGAGCAGAUCCCACACGUUUUGCGUCUGAUUGCACACGACCAGCUCAUCAACCCCGGCAAGUCCAAGACCAUUGUCUUCGCACCCACCACCAAGAUGACCGAGCUCUUCGCCGAUGUCAUCCGCCAGACACAACGUCAUCUUCCGGCCGGAUCUGGUUCCAGCAUCUAUGAGAUCCACAGCAAGAAGGAUCAGCGUUCUCGAUUCAACACCAGCGACCGCUUCCGCAAGGAUCAAAGUGGCGCCAGUGUACUUGUCACUAGUGACGUCAGCGCUCGUGGUGUUGACUAUCCUGGUACCACCCGCGUCAUUCAGAUUGGUAUUCCCAGCAACAAGGACCAAUACAUUCACCGAAUCGGCCGAACAGGUCGUGCCGGUGCCAAGGGUCGAUCCGAUAUUGUGCUGCUGAACUUCGAACGUGGCUUCCUGCACUACCAGCUUGACGAUCUUCCCAUUACUCAACUCCACGUUGAGGACCUUGUUCAGGAAGUCGAGACACUCUCGCAGCGCUUUGACGAAGCACCGGAGGAGUUUGCCGUUCCACAGGAGCUUGUUGACGCGGCCAAGACCAAAAUUCAGCAAGCACAGAAGGGUGGGCCGAAAAAGGGACGAGACAGGGAUGCUGGCAACGUCAAGGCUCCCGCUAAGCUUCAAGGACCCCUCUCCGGCAAAUACAGCACCGAAACUCUUGCUCCUCUCAUCGAAGACUCGCUCAAUUCGUUGGACGAGGAGGAAGGUGUUCGUGAAGUCUUCGGCUCACUGCUUGGUUUCUACGUCGGUAAGGGCGACGAGCUCCGCACCAGCAAGAUGCAGAUGGUCGAGGGUCUCAAGCAGUGGACCGUCGAAGCUGGCCGCCUCGAACGACCCCCUCACAUGAGCGAGCAAUACAUGCAGAAGCUCGGUAUCUCGUCCAGAGAUGUGCGCGGUGGAAGCGGUUCGCCCCGUCGUGAUUUUGUCAACAUUGGUGGACGUGGUGAACGCAACGGCGCUCGCUCUUUCGGUCGUGGACGUUUCAGCAAGGACAGCAACAGCCGUGGUGGCGAACGCGACAGAAGCGACUUCCGCAGUGCACGAGACAGCCGAGACGGUCGAGGCGGUUCUCGUUCCAGCGGAGGACGUGGCGGUAGCAGCUGGGGAAGCGGACGUGACGCUCGUGAGGGUAGUUUCGGUCACGACAGCAGCGGUGAUAAGUGGUAA